CACACACACACACACACACACACUCACACACUUCCUGGUGAAAGAGAAAGUGAACGUGUCGCUGCGUCACAGAAAGUCCCUGCAGUUCGGUUGUGUCGGUCCGUCGGUUCCGGGAGAAGCAGAUUGAACGGGACUGCAGUCGGUGCAGUUUCUGGAGGAGAGGAAGAUGUUUGUGGUGUUUGUGCUUCUCCUUCAUGUGUCCCAGCAUGCCUCAGCUCUGGAGAUAUAUGAGGGGGACGACUUUGUCCUGCUGCCCUGUGAGUUUCCCACCUUUAACCUGGAGGAUCCCUCAGUGGUGUGGAGCCGCUCCGACCUCCGUCCUUCAACCGUCCACCAGCGUCAGCCGGAAGGGGACGAACUCAAAGACCAGAACCAGGACUACAGAGACCGGACGUCCAUGAGGACGGACGCUCUGCAGACCGGAGACCUCAGCCUCACUCUGAGAAGACCCACCAUCAGGGACAGCAGCACCUACACCUGCAUCAUCAGAGAGUUUGAACAAGAAGUGAGCCGGAGAGAAGUACCACUGGAGGUCAAAGAACGUCCAGACUGGCGCUGGAUUCUCCUAGCUGUCCUGGUUCUGCUGGUUCUGCUGGUUCUGCUGGUUGUUGCUGUGUUUGGUGUCAGGCUGUUUAAAGAGAUGAAGAACACAGUAGAUCGUCCUCCUCUCUGGCCCUGGGUUCUCUCAGCUGUCCUGCUUCUGACGGCUGCUGGUCUCGUGUUUGGUGUCAGUGUGUUUAAAGGGGUGAAGAACACACAAGAUCGUCCUCCUCUCUGGCCCUGGGUUCUCUCAGCUGUCCUGCUUCUGACGGCUGCUGUUCUUGUUCCCGGUGUCACAGUGUAUAAAAGGAUGAAGUCCACAGAACGUCGUAACCAGAGGUGGAGGCUCUUCACUGAAGAUGAGUGGCUGAAGAUAAAAGAACCUUUUCUGCUCCGGGUCAAGGUUCUCUCAGCUGUUCUGGUUCUGCUGCUUGUUGUUGUUCUCAGUGUCGUCACGUCUCACCAGGUGAAGAACAAAGAAGUCUCUCAGCAUGGAGACACUGUGGAGGUCUAUGGGGGGGGGUCGGUCCUGCUGCCCUGUGAGGACUCUCCUUUACCUCAGCGCCCCACAGUGACGUGGAGCCGCAGCGACCUCAGUCCUUCAACCGUCCACCAGCGAGACGAGCGAGGUGACGACCUCAGAAACCAAAACCAGCGUUACAGCAGCCGAACAUCGAUGAAGACUGACGCUCUGACGACUGGAGACCUCAGCCUCACUCUGACAAGACUCCGCCCCUCUGACAGCGGCAACUACACCUGCAUCAUCACAGCGUUUGGAAAUGAUCGGAGACUGAGAGACAUACAGCUGCAGGUCAAAGAACCGUUCUCCAGCCUGGUUGAAUUCUGGGUUCUCCUGGUUCUCCUGGUUGUUUCUCUUGGUGGCAUCGUGGGUCUUGGACAAUAUAUGAAGAGAUUCAUCUUCAUCAUCAUCUUCGGAGACCAAGAGGUGGAGGUGGAGGAAGGGGAGGAGUCUGUCCAGCUGCCCUUCAAGACCACAGCUCACUUGUCUGGAGACGUCAGAGUGGAGUGGAUGGACCAUCACAACAAUAAGGUCCAUGUGUAUCAGAACGGUUCUGACAGACCUGAAGAACAGAACCAGGUUUACAGAGACCGAACAGAGAUGAAGAAAGAUCCACUGAGAACUGGAGACCUCAGUCUGACCUUGAAACACCCCACAGUCACAGACAGAGGAGACUACACCUGUAGAGUCUACAAGGACGGAGACUUACUGAGAGGGACAGCAGUGAGUCUCAGGGUCAAAGGUCAAAGGGUGGAGGUGGAGGAAGGGGAGGAGUCUGUCCAGCUGCCCUUCAAGACCACACCUCACCUGUCUGGAGACAUCAGAGUGGAGUGGACCAGAUACAGUAGGAAGGUCCAUGUGUAUCAGAACGGUUCUGACAGACCUGAAGAACAGGACCAGGUUUACAGAGACCGAACAGAGAUGAAGGAAGAUCCACUGAGAACUGGAGACCUCAGUCUGACCCUGAAACACCUCACAGUCAGAGACAGAGGAGACUACACCUGUAGAGUCUACAGGGACGGAGACUUACUGAGAGGGACAACAGUGUUUCUCAGGGUCAAAGAGAGAACUCAGGUCAAAGAUGAAACAGUCGACAUCAGGAACAGAAGCAGCUCCACUGAUCCAACUCCUCUGAUGGCUGAUCAAUCCGUUUGAUUGGUCUGAUCGAUCAGUCUGAUUGGUCUGUUGAUCGAUCAGUCUGAUUGGUCUGUUGAUUGAUCUUUGAUCAUUGAUCCUGACUUUGGACCAGAGAGAAAAUGGAGGUGAAGCAGCUGAUGGACGAUGGAUGAAGACAGGAGGACGCUCUGUCAACUUCUUCUUCACUCUGAGUCUUACUGACUGUCACAGUCUGCAGACUCACUAUUGAUCAGUAUUGAUCAUUGUGGUCACAUGUUGAUCAGUAUUGAUCAUAUAUACAGUUACUGACUAAACAUUAUGUGAUGACUGAGGUUCGUCUUCAUCACACGUGAAUUUGAACUGAACCAUGGAUGAUGUGAAAUCACAACAGACUGAAGUGAACUCAGCUCAGUAUCAACAUCCACAUCAACUCCACCUCCACCUGCUCCAUCUCCUCUGGCUGCAGCACUGUGUGGACCUGCUGUUCAUUCCGACCAAUCACAUCUCUGCUACAGAACAUCUUAUUCUUAUUCUUUCUCUCAGGCGGAGCUGAACCUCGGACGGAGCAAAUCUUUUCUCCAGGAUCUCUACGUCCUGAUGGAGUUUCUGAGCUCAGUGAUCAUGUUCACGUCCUCCUCUGAAGUGGACUGUGAGCUGUGCUUCACUCACAGACUGGGUCUGGGAGGAUCAGGACCAGGACCAGUCCAGGAUCUGACUGUGGACACACACUCUUAGUCCAUGAAGGACACUUCUGCUUCAGAUCCUCUACACUCUUAGAGUGUCCUCAGGGUUCACACGUAUCCUGGAAAACCUGGAAAAGUUUUCCAGUCAUCAAAAUGAGAGAAAAACUAAAAUGAAGGAUCAUGUUAUCGUUCAAAUGGUCGCGGCUAGUUCAUGAACGACAGUGGAGUUGUCAUGUUUGCUAGCUUGUUUAGCCUGUAGCUAAAGGUUGAAGGCGGGGCAAAGGUUUCAGAGGUGUGUUGGUUCAUUGCUGAGAGUUGGAUAAUAAUAAAUGUGAAGCUGGGUUCAAUACAAUAAGAGAGCGCAACUGUAUGUUAGCCAAACUCUCGCUAACUUAACAAGUAAGUUCUUACUAUCAGUUUGUCUGUAAAAGAUGACUUCAAAAAUAAGUACAGUCAAGUGUGGACUGUUCUUAUUUUAAAUCAGAUUUCCACAGAUAGGAACACAUUGGUGUGUGGUUGAUUCCUGUCUUUCAUAUGAGUGAGAUCAUCACUGAAAAAGUCCUUGAAAAUGAUCUGUACUGAACUGAAACUCCUGUAGUGAACUGACUUAAUCCUGAUUUUAAUCACGUUCAUUUUCUUUUUGUACAAUAAUUUUGUUUUUUGACUAAAUUCAUACAAACCA